AUGCUCGACCCAUCUAUAAACGUUGGAAUUGUCGUCAAGCCGAACAGAAAGGUUGUGUGCAAGUGGUCUGCCAUCGUAGAUACGGUGACUGUGGGCGACUUGAAGGAGGCCCUUAUCCGACAUUAUCCUCAGUACGAACACGACGAUUAUCUGGAAUUACUUUUUUACAAAACAUACACCAGUGAGCUGGAAACCAUAUGCCAUGACGAGGACUUGCGGAGAAUACUCAAAGUCGGCAAGACACAGUCCAUGAACAAGAUGAUCAUUUCACUGAAUACUUCAACCAAGACUUUUUCCGCAUGGACUCUCAAGGAUAUUAUUUCCGAGUACAACCUCUCAGAAUCAACCGAUGACGGUCUUGAGGUAUUUCCGCCGUUUAUCGAUAUCCAAGCCGCGCCGCUGGACUCAGACCUUGAGAAGAAGAUGCUGGAUCAGCUUACCAAUGAGGUCGGUUUGAGGGUGGACGUUCUGAAACUGCUUGGCGCAAACGAAGCAACAAAAUCUAUGGUAGUCGCUUCGUUUCUGGUUGCAGCGACAAAACUAUUCGAGGAAGACCUGUACCUUGCAUCUCAGCGAAACCUCAGCGGGCGCCGAGGAAAUGGACCAUUGGACUUUUCAGUGCAUCCACGGAAGACACACUCUUUCACUCUUGACGUGACGGAGGUGAAGAAGGAUGAUUCUCGACAGGGCAUGGCUCAGAACAUUGUACAGCUGGAAUCGGCCUUGACAACAAAGAAACGCAAGCGCGGCCCGAACGAUGUCGAUGGAAAGGAAGACCCACCGAUGGAGAUGAGGUCUUACGGGAUUGUUACAGACGCAAGCCAAUGGCUGUUGAUUGAAUGUACGAUGCAUGAAGACGAAACAGUGUCGUACAGGAUGACUGAGCUUGGGCAGAGCAUUAACUACAGUGGCGAGUGGCAGGAUAAUGCGAAAUUUGUUUUCGAAAGGCUUGUAUGGCUUUGGUCACGUAUGCGGGAUGAGAUACCAGCACGCGAAAGAUACUCCAGGAAAUCGAGUUCUCCACCCAGCAAUUGGAAGACCAAUGAGUGA